AUGAUUCUGACAGAGAAAGUUUCGUGGCAGAAAUUGAGGUUUUGCAGAAAUCGGGAAGGGCUUUUUCAAGGUCAUACGCUCGACGAAAUACACUUCUGGCAGUCGUACAUUGCCUAUCAAAUCCAAUUCGUCAUCCGUCGAGUUCUAUACGACGAAGAAGUCUACGGAAUUUCCACCUCCAGAAGACCAACGAUGAUUGAACAGCUGAUUCUGAAUGUCGACAAUGCUGUCACUUCUUCUGUACUGAUUCCUUCUCAACAAGGAUUUUCAAAAUGA